AUGGAGCACCCUGAGGGCUUCAUCUCCGUCAAGCCAGACGCCACCGCCGCCGAGGGGGCGACCCGCAAGAGGAGGCGCAUCGCCGUCGGCAGCACCGAGGAGUACGAGGAGACGUGCCGCCUAGGCGAUGGCGGCUUCGGCGCCGUCGUCAAGGCGCGCCACCGCGCCACCGGGCAUACGGUCGCCAUCAAGCACCUCAACGCGUCUGACGGCGACCGCGCGGAGGAGCUGCUGCGUGAGGCGCGCUUCCUCGAGGCGUGCAGCGGGAACCCUUUCGUCGUCGGCUUCCACGGCCUCGUACGCGACCCGGCCACCACGGACCUCUGCCUCGUCAUGGAGGCCGUGGGACCGAGCCUCCAUGACUACCUUCGCCAGCGGCGCCGCGGCGACCCGCCGCUCCCGGAGGCCACGGUGCGAGCUGUCAUGUGGCAGCUGCUGACGGGCGCCAAGAAGCUGCACGAGCGCCACAUUGUUCACUGCGACAUAAAACCCGAGAACAUCCUCAUCGCCGAAGAUCACACGGUCGUCAAGAUUUGCGACUUUGGGCUCGCCAUGUCUAUGUCCGCGCAGCCGCCGUACGAGCCGGCCGGCACGGUGCCGUACGAGGCGCCCGAGAUGCUGCUGGGGAAGCCCGACUACGACGGGCUCGUCGAUACCUGGUCGCUGGGCUGCGUCAUGGCGGAGCUCAUCAAAGGGAGGGCUCUGUUCCAGGGCUACGACGAGGAAGAACAGCUCCGCGAGAUCAUCGAUGUGCUCGGCGUGCCAGACGACAGGACGUGGCCGUGGUUCUCGUCCACGCCGUACGCCACGGAGGUGCUGCCGGAACUGGACGUGCAGCGGCACAACCUGCUGCGCGAGUUGUUCCCUGAGGAGAAGCUGUCCAAGGAAGGAUUCGAGGUCCUCAACGGCCUCCUCACGUGCAACCCCGACAAGCGGCUCACGGCGGCCGCCGCGCUCAAGCGCCCAUGGUUCGCCAAGAUCGACGCGUUGGCGCUGCCAAAGAAAGAUGAGGUGGCAUCGCCGUCGCCCAAGGAGACGGAGGUGCCGAUCGUUCCUCCGGAUCGGAAGCUGCAGUGCGUGUGA